CACUACACUCCUUGAGAAUCACGUUGUUGGACGUUGAGCAAAAGCUGUCAAAAUUUCGUAAUAUUUUCUAGAUUGUUUUUUUCCUUAUACUCUGAGUGAAACGCGCGAGUAGCGCACGCCAACGUAGUAGCACCAUGUCAUGGCUUUUGGGCAGAAACCGGCAACAGCCGCAGCCGGAGCAGUUUCCAGAUGGAGGUGGAGCUGCUGAUCCGGAGGGCAGGACGGCCGGCGAGAAGUCCGGGGACGCUCAAUUGAGCCGGGCGGAACGUAAGGCCAUGGAGGCAUACCGCUUUGAUUCAUCGGCGCUGGAACGAGCGGCAGAUGCGGCGAAAACUCUGGAGCGUUCAAAACACGCCCGGGAGGCCCUCGAGCUAUCAAAGAUGCAGGAGGCCACUCGGCAGACGGAGUACAACACCAAGGUCAAAGAGUACGAGGCCCAUAUUGAGCAGGCCAAGGUCGAGCAAAAGCGUAUCGAUCACGAGGAGCGCCGCAAGACCCUCAUCGAGGAGACCAAGCAACAGCAGCAGAGAGCCCAGUACCAGGAUCAGCUGUCCCGUAAACGAUAUGAGGAUCAAUUGCAGCAGCAACAGCGCGUUCAAGAGGACAACCUGCGCAAGCAGGAGGAGAGUGUUCAGCGACAGGAAGCCAUGCGCCGCCAGACCAUUGAGCAUGAAAUCGAGAUGAAAGAGAAGAACCGGCUCAAGCUCCUGGAACACGAACUGCGGGCCAAGGCACGUGUGGAUCGCGAGAACCGCGACAUCAACCUGGAGAAGAUCCGUCUUAAGGCUCAGGAACAUCGCACCACCGUACUGGAGGGAAUCAAAACCGCUGGCACUGUCAUUGGCGCUGGCGCCGAGGCUAUGCUUACCGAUUGGGACAAGGUGUUGACUGCUGCCGGCGGACUUUCGCUGCUAGCUUUGGGCGUGUACACCGCCAAGGGAGCCACCGGCGUUGUUUCCCGAUAUGUGGAGGCACGCAUCGGCAAGCCCACACUAGUGGGUGAGACGUCGCGAUUUGCUUUCCUAGAUGCCCUAAAGAACCCUCUGAGCUACCUGAAGAGGCUGCGCGCCAAACCAACCGAUGCUUUACAGGGCGUGGUCCUUAAUCCAAAACUGGAAGAGCGUCUACGAGACAUUGCAAUCGCCACGAAGAACACCCGUAUCAACCGAGGAAUGUAUAGGAACGUACUGAUGCACGGCCCUCCCGGAACGGGCAAGACCAUGUUCGCCAAGAAACUGGCGGAGCACUCGGGCAUGGACUUUGCCAUUAUGACUGGUGGCGAUGUGGCACCCAUGGGCAAGGAGGGUGUCACGGCCAUCCAUAAGGUGUUCGACUGGUCGCACACCUCGCGACGCGGCCUGUUGCUGUUUGUGGACGAGGCAGAUGCCUUUUUGCGCAAGCGUUCAUCAGAAAAGAUCUCGGAGGAUCUGCGUUCCGCCCUGAACGCCUUCCUCUACCGUACCUCCGAGCAGAAUCCUAAGUUUAUGCUCGUGCUGGCCUCCAACACUCCCGAACAAUUCGAUUACGCCAUAAACGAUCGUCUCGACGAGAUGGUGGAGUUCACACUGCCUGGCCUGGAGGAACGUGAGCGCCUCUUGCGCCUGUACUUUGAUAAAUAUGUGCUGCAGCCGGCCGCUGCGGGAGCAAAACGGUUUAAGCUAGACACCUUUGACUAUGGUCAGACGUGUUCGAAGAUGGCCGCUCUCUGCGAAGGCAUGUCGGGUCGAGAAAUCUCCAAACUGGGUGUUUCCUGGCAAGCGGCAGUUUAUGCCUCCGAGGAUGGUUUGCUCACCGAAAAGAUGGUAAUGGACAGGUGUUACUCCGCCGCUCAGCAGCACAAACAGAAGAUGGCCUGGCUGUCAGAUCAAGAGCGUGCUGAUCACAAAUCCAUUACGGGCGCUGCUGCACCGCCUCUUACGCUAACUGCCAAUAAACUGUGAGGCGUGGAGUUGGAACUGGAGUUAAAGUAGAUGCAACCUGCAUUCAAAACUUGUUUAGUUUCCUAAUCAUUUAACUUUAAGUUGGUAACGCACAGGGCUUUAUCUUACUACCGGAUACCAAACAGCAGCCGAGACACCAAAUAAGUGCAUAUCGGUUAUAUGUAUGCAUUUAACGCCUGUACAAAAUCGUUGGCAGUAGCACGUGUUCGUCUAUAGAUGCAAUUAAGUUUGACCCACUGAUAAUUGUAUUAUAAGCUUGCAUUAACUGUCUCACUAGUGUAUACAAUAAGAAGUAUAUAUUUUAACUGCUGUUGUUGCAUUUCGUAUGUUAAAGCUUUGGACGUAGAUUGUAAAUUGAAACCGGUCAUCCCAGCACUGUGAGAGAUUUAUAUUAAACUUCUCGCUGGUGGUGCCAACAAUUUGACUUGUCCGCAGUGUUUUCCUAUGUAUGAGUAUGAAGUAAAUAUAUAUAUAUAUUACUUGUUAAA